CCUCCUCCCUUUCUCUCCCACCUCCUCGCACAUCCGUGGCAGUGACUGGCGAGUCUCCGUGCAGCAAGAUAUUUCCGUGCUGUGUCUGUGUGCGUGCAACAUCUCAGCUCUCUCUCCAAGCAUAAGUCGUAUUUUAUGGCAACCUUAAGAAAAGGCUCAGCGAAUUCGGGUGUCUUUCGUUUUGAAUCAGAUAACGGUUUAAUUUCAGUUUAUUGUUCGAAUUCGUAUCAAUUUCACAAUUUCUGCAAAUAGGAGUUCUGCCAGGCUACAUCCUCUCUAGGCAGCGAUAUGUUGGAUCCGUCAUCCAGCGAGGAGGAAUCGGAUGGUGGGAUGGUCGAGGAGGAACACCAUCACAAGGAGGCAUCUGCACCCCAGAGCGGAGCCCGCAUCUCUCCAAGCCGGACGAGCGAGAGCUCCGGCGGGCUUGCGCCCAGCAGCAGCAGUCGCAGUAGCGCUCGCCCGACCAGCCCGAGCCCGUCUGCUGCCAGCGAACAGGAGAAGGUGGAAGAGGCCAAUUUGCAGAAGGAGGAAGAGGAGCGCAAAAAGAAGCUGCAACUAUAUGUAUUUGUGAUGCGGUGCAUCGCCUACCCUUUCAAUGCAAAACAGCCCACGGAUAUGGCUAGGCGACAACAGAAGAUCACAGAGCAGCAGCUCCGGCAGACCAACGACCGCUUCAAGGCCUUCCUCAACGGAGACACCCAGAUAGUGGCUGACGAAGCUUUCAUCAACGCAGUCCAGAGUUACUAUGAGGUGUUCCUGAAGAGCGACCGCGUUGCCAAGAUGGUCCAGAGCGGGGGCUUCUCAGCCAAUGACUGCAGGGAGGUGUUCAAGAGGCACAUUGAGAAGCGUGUCCGCAGCCUGCCUGAGAUCGACGGCCUGAGUAAGGAGACGGUGCUCAGCUCCUGGAUGGCCAAGUUCGACACCAUCUACCGCGGGGACGAGGACCCACGCAAAGCCCAGCAGCGCAUGACGGCCAGCGCCGCCUCAGAGCUCAUCCUCAGCAAGGACCAGCUCUACGAGAUGUUCCAGAACAUUCUGGGUAUCAAGAAAUUUGAGCACCAGCUGCUCUACAACGCCUGCCAGUUGGACAACCUGGAUGAGCAGGCUGCUCAGAUCAGACGGGAGCUGGAUGGACGCCUGCAGAUGGCCGAUCAGAUUGCCAGGGGUGGCAAGUUCCCCAUGUUUGUGUCGAAGGAGAUGGAGCACAUGUACAUAGAGGAGCUAAAGGCAUCGGUGAACCAGUUGAUGGCCAACCUGGAGAGCAUGCCCGUGUCCAAGGGAGGAGAGUUCAAACUGCAGAAGCUGAAGAAAGGACACAACACCUCCAUCAUGGACAUGGGCCAGGAAGACGAGAACACACUGUCCAAGUCUGAUGUGGUGCUCUCCUUCACUCUGGAAGUGGUUAUCAUGGAGGUGGUGGGCCUGAAGUCUCUGGCUCCUAACAGGAUUGUGUACUGCACUAUGGAGGUGGAGGGAGGGGAGAAACUGCAGACAGACCAGGCCGAGGCCUCCAAGCCAACCUGGGGGACCCAGGGAGACUUCACCACCACACACCCCCUCCCUGCUGUCAAGGUGAAACUGUUUACAGAAAGCACUGGAGUUCUGGCCCUGGAGGACAAAGAGCUGGGCAGGGUGGUCCUCCACCCGACCCCUAACAGCCCCAAAGCCUCAGAGCUCCAUAAGAUGGCCAUCACUAAGGCCUGCCCCGACCAGAACCUUCAGAUCAAACUGGCCAUCCGCAUGGACAAACCGCAGAACAUGAAGCAUUCUGGGUAUUUGUGGGCUUUUGGGAAAAACGUCUGGAAGCGAUGGAAGAAGCGUUUCUUUGUCCUGGUGCAGGUGAGCCAGUACACCUUUGCCAUGUGCAGCUACAGAGAGAAGAAGUCUGAGCCACAGGAGCUGCUACAGCUGGAUGGUUACACUGUGGAUUACACUGACCCCCAGCCAGGUCUGGAUGGUGGGAGGACCUUCUUCAACGCAGUGAAGGAGGGCGAUACUGUGAUCUUUGCUAGUGAUGACGAGCAAGACCGCAUCCUGUGGGUCCAGGCCAUGUACCGGGCCACCGGUCAGUCCCACAAGCCCGUGCCCCCCACCCAGGUCCAGAAACUCAACUCCAAGGGGGGCGCAGCUGCCCAGAUGGAUGCGCCCAUCUCCCAGUUCUACGCAGACAGAGCUCAGAAACACGGCAUGGAUGAGUUUAUCUCGGCUAACCCCUGCAGCUUUGACCACGCCUCCCUGUUCGAAAUCGUCCAGAGGCUCACGUUGGACCACAGGCUCAAUGACACCUUCUGCUGCCUGGGAUGGUUCAGCCCGGGCCAGGUGUUUGUCCUGGAUGAGUACUGCUCCAGGAAUGGCGUGCGUGGGUGUCAUAGACACCUGGGUUACCUAGGCGACCUGCUGGAGAGGGCAGACAGAGGAGCCAUGAUCGACCCCACCCUGCUGCACUACAGCUUUGCUUUCUGCGCAUCCCAUGUCCACGGAAACAGGCCUGAUGGACUGGGAACAGUGAAGGUGGAUGAGAAGGAGCGCUUUGAAGAAAUCAAAGAGCGGUUGCGGGUGAUCCUGGAACACCAGAUCACUAACUUCAGAUAUUGUUUCCCGUUCGGCCGUCCAGAGGGAGCGCUGAAGGCCACUCUGUCUUUGCUGGAAAGGGUGCUGAUGAAGGACAUUGUGACUCCAGUCCCACAAGAGGAAGUGAAGGGAGUCAUCCGUAAAUGUUUGGAGCAGGCUGCUCAGCUCAACUAUGCUAAAAUCACAGAAUACGCUCAAAUGGAAGGGAGAAAGAGGGAAAUGUUUGAGCACCCUGUCUUCUGCUUGGCGUCACAAGUGAUGGAUUUAACCAUCCAGAACGUAGGCCGGUUAGUCACGCCCGCCAAAAAACUGGAGGACACUAUUCGCCUGGCCGAGCUCGUCAUAGAGGUCCUCCAGCAGAACCAGGAGCAUCAUGCGGAGGCCUUUGCCUGGUGGUCUGACCUGAUGACGGAGCACGCUGAGACCUUCCUGGCCAUGUACGCUGUGGACAUGGACGCUGCCCUGGAGAUCCAGUCUCCUGAGAGCUGGGACAGCUUCCCUCUCUUCCAGCUGCUUAAUGACUUCCUCCGCACGGACUAUCACCUGUGCAACGGGAAAUUCCACAAACACCUGCAGGACCUCUAUUCUCCCCUGGUGGUUAGAUAUGUAGACCUGAUGGAGUCCUCCAUCGCUCAGUCUAUCACCAGGGGGUGUGAGGGAGAGUCCUGGGUGCCUGUAAAGAGCUUAACAAGUAAUCUGCCCAAUGUGAAUCUCCAAAUACCAAAUGUCAACCUCCAAAUUCCCAAAGUACCAAAUCUGCCGCCAGUAGCAGGACUAUCAGUUAACCUUCCAACAAUGCCUAGUUUUUCCACCCCGUCAUGGAUGGCUGCUAUCUAUGUCCCUGACAAUGGCUCUGGGACAUCGGAGGACUUGUUUUGGAAGCUGGAGGCGCUGCAGACCUUCAUCAGGGACCUGCACUGGCCCGAGGAGGAGUUUGCCAAACACCUGGAGAAUCGCAUGAAGCUCAUGUCCAGCGACAUGAUCGAGAACUGCGUCAAACGCACUAAGAUGGCAUUUGAGUCCAAGCUGGCAAAGAGCAGCAGGGGAACAGACUUCCGCAUCUCGGCAGCAAUAUGCACCAUGUUCAAUGUGAUGGUGGACGCGAAGGACCAGUCCGCCAAGCUGUGUGCCAUGGAGAUGGGCCAGGAGAAACAGUACCACGCCCAAAUAGAUGAACUGAUUGAGGAGAGUGUGAAAGACAUGAUCCAACUCAUGGUGGCUAAGUUUGUGGUUAUUCUGGAGGCUCUGUUGGCGAAGAUCUCCCGAUACGAUGAAGGCACUCUCUUCUCAUCUUUCAUGUCAUUCACGGUGAAAGCUGCGUCUAAGUAUGUGGAUGUCCCUAAGCCUGGGAUGGACGUCGCCGACGGUUACGUGACCUGUGUCCGCCACUCUCAGGACAUCCUGCGAGAUAAGGUCAAUGAGGAGGUGUAUAUAGAAAGGUUAUUUGAUCAAUGGUACACAGCCACCAUGAACCUACUAGGGACUUGGCUCACUGAGCGAAUGGACCAGCAGCUCCAUGUCUACCAGCUCAAGAUCCUCAUCAGGAUUGUCAAGAAAAAGUACCGUGACUUCCGUCUGCAGGGGGUGCUAGACUCCACCCUGAACAGUAAGAUGUAUGACACGGUGAGGAACAGACUGACCCUGGAGGAGGCCAACGCAUCCAUGAAGGAGGGAGGCAUGGGGGGAAUCUCCAUGAAGGACAGUGACGAAGAGGACGAAGACGACGACUAGAGCCCGGCACCACCCAACACCAGAACUGGCACCUCCCUUUACCCCUGUCUGACUCCUGUCUCCACACCCCACCUCCGACCCACUCCGCUCACAAGUUUUGACUUAGCCUGGUAACCAAUGCAUGUACCAACUCUGUUACUCACAUAUCAACUCUAGGACCUGUUUGUCAGCUUGAAAUGCCCAUGAAGGACCUGUAAUAAACAAUACAAAAUAGUAAUUACUAUACUGAGGAAAAAUGUUGAAAAAAUAAACCAUGAUCGACAGUUUAGCUGUGUCAUGCUGAAGAUAGCACCGAUGAUAUCUUUGUCGCAAUGAUUUCUAAAUUCAUUUCUAUGUGUUCCUAAGCAAUAUGGAGUACCAUUUGUUUGACAAUGUUGAGUGAGAUUAUUAGGUGUGUUCCUGUCCAAUGCAAACCUAUAUGGCGCUUCUUUGUCGUAUUCUACAUUCAUUAUAAUGGUACAUUUUUGUGACGAUUAGUGUAUGUACCCUUUUAUUUGUCUUAUCUGUCUUUAAGUGGAUGCUUCAAACUGAAAACUAAGUUCAAAGCUGUUUAGGAUAAACGUCUUCUCGUCUACUCACUCUACUCUCAACCCCAUAGUAUGUUCUACAACUUGCGUUUCCAUAUCUAUGUCAAUGCUCUGUGACUUCAUAAUCUCUCACCCUAACACAAACGAGACAUUGUCCAGCAGCCAUUUUGAACUAAAAUGAGUGGGUAUUCUAGAAAUGCAAUAUUCUCAUAGCUCCAUUUUGAUAUCUUGUUGGAGAUUAUAUUUUUAUUUCUACGUUGUUGAAAAGACCUUGAAACAGGUUCUACUCUAUUUUAAAUUGAGUUGCACUUUUACAGAGAAAAAAGCGCUAAAAAGAAAACGUUUUUUUAUUUACCAAAAUUAAAGUUGGUCCGUCUUUUUUGUUUGAUUCCGUAGUUGAUUAGGAUGAGCUGUGUGGCAUUUCCUUGGUUCUCACUGUUGUUUUGUAUAUACAACGCUGUACAUUGCAUUCUGAGCCAUUGCUGCAUGCCUGUGGGUCCCCACCCUCUGAACGCUUUCUGUUUUCUGUGUGAAAUUAGCUGGUGGAUCAUUCUUGCUUUUGCCUUAUGAAAGCCAACAGUUGUAAUAUGCAAGAGCUGUGGCCUCUAAAUAAAAAUUACUGUACAAAUACA